AUGUCGUCUUCAGAUCUCGAUCAAUUGGUCAUGAUGGGCUUUGACAAGGAGAAGAGUCAGAUGGCUAUUAAAGCCACCGGCAGCUUGGCCGACGCCAUCGACUGGUUAGAUCAAAACUCCUCAAAGUCGAUAGAGGAAUUGAGAAGUGAGAAGGAAGCCGCAGACAAGGCAAAGGCCGAAGAAGCAGCGGAGGAAGCCCGGAGUUUGGUUUGCAACGAGUGUGGGAAGAAGUUCAGAGGCACCGCACAAGCCGAAUUCCACGCGAGUAAAUCUGGGCAUACCGACUUCGCCGAGUCCACGGAAGAGAUCAAACCCUUGACCGAGGAAGAAAAGAAAGCCAAGUUGGCAGACCUAAGAGAGAAACUAGCCGCCAAGCGCGCCGUACAGGCGGAGCAGGACAAGGUUGAUCAAAAACGAAACGAGCAGAUCAAUCGCAAGAAGACCAAAGAGACAGAGGAUGCGAAGGAACAACUGCGGGUAAAAGAGCAGAUCAAGGAAGCCGAGAAGAAGCGGAGAGAGAAACAAGCUGAUAUCGAGGCAAAGAAGCGAAUACAGGCCAAAAUUGCAGCCGACAAGGAAGAAAGACGGUUGAAAGCCGAGAGAGAAAAAGCUGCUCGGUCUGGCGCUGCUCUGCCCGUCGCUGAGACGCCUGCUGCGACGCCAGCACCUCCGAAGCCAGCCUCAGAAUACAAGGAGACGCGACUCCGGUUACAGACUUCAGCCGGAAAUAUCAUGAAGACCUUCCCGGUCGAGACGACGCUGUUUGAGGUUGCCGCUGCGAUAGGCGAUGAGACAGGACGGGAUGUGGAAAGCUUCACCCAAAACUUCCCCAGAAAGGUGUUCGGGCAGGAGUAUUUCGGAGAGUCGCUGAAGGAUUUGAAGCUGGUACCCAGCGCAAGCUUGAUCGUGAAGUAG